AAUCAGGGUCUCUGGGUGUGUUUUUCCAGCUCUAUUUAAGAAGCAACCCAAGCAAACACAUCUCACCUUUCUGACUUUCACCAGACGAGCUGAUCUUGACAAGUUCAUCAGACUACAGUUACACUUAUAUCUACUUUAAAGAUGUCCGACGCCUACCCAACAACUCUGCAAAAAGUCGGUGGUAAAGGAGGUGCUCCAUUUUCACUGAUUGGUAAAGAUAACGGUGCCAGUUUAGAGAAGAUCGGGGUGUGGGUGGGAGGAGUGCAGGUGAAGGCUGUCAAGGUUUGGCUUUCAGAUGGCAAAAGUAAAACCUUUGGAAAACCAGCAGGCCAAUAUCAAGAGUACGCGUUCAAACUUGGUGAGCGUUUCACCUCACUGUCCCUUUGGGACAACGGAGAGGGAACACGUCUUGGAGCCAUCAAAUUCAAGACAAACGAGGGUGGAAUUUUUUUUGCAAAAAUGACAGAUAAUGAACUACCAACAGAAAUCCCUAUCGAUGUCGGCUCUGGGUAUUGUUUGGGCAUUGAGGGAAAAUGUGGGGGAGACAUUGACAACAUGGGAUUCAUGUUUCUCAAUGCAGUUGAGUCGACAGUUCUCACUAAUGUCAGUUAUCCCACUAUCAACCAACUGAUACCAAAGGUGACAGUGGAAGAGCUGAAAUCUGCCACUUACAAGAAUGAAACCUCCACUAAUCAAGAGCAAAUAAUCGAAAUCUCAAAAAAAGUGACCAAAACAGCUUCAUGGUCACUGAGUUACAGCUUUACAGAAACAUUUGGUGUGGAAGUGAAGGCUGGGAUUCCAGGGAUUCUAGAAGUUUCUACAGGAUACAGUGUCACCAUUGGCGCAGAAAGCACUUACAGACUGGAGCAGACAGACGAGAUAACCGAAACUCUGACUACCACUGUAGAUGUGCCACCAGCAAAGGUGGUGGAUGUUGACAUCACCAUUGGAAGAGCCACCUUUGACCUGCCUUACACUGGAACAGUGAAGAUCACUUGCAAGAACGGCAGUGUGUUAGAGUAUGAAACCGAGGGCACUUACAAAGGAGUCACUUACACCGAUAUCAAAGUGAACACUAAAGAAUCUGAUCUGUGAUGUUAAGACAGAUUGUUCUUGGUUGGUCUUUAUCUGAUUUUACCAACAGUGUAGCAGUUGCUAUACCUUUGAUUGUGUUUUGUUCAAGCUUUUCUUUCCAUUGAUCUUUGCUCAAUGAUUUUAAACAUGGGGAAUAUAUAUACUCAGCAUUGUCUUUUUCAAAUAAUGUUUUCUGAUUCUAUUUCAAAACUAUUCAUAUGGCUUUUUGUAAUCAGUAAAAGAUUGUGAUUUACUUCAUCAUGCAAGAAUUUCAAAUGUUUAACAUUUAAUAAAAGCAUUGCAUUUAAAUGAA